ACUGAUCCAGGCAAGGUAAAGGCGGGAGCGUGCGCCGCGCGCAAGCGCUAGGCCAGGCGAGGCGCGGGUACGUAUUCGUUAUUGCAUUGAACAGCUUCGCUGCUGCUUGAAGUCACGUCAAGUUGAAGCGUAACUUGGAAGCCGACUUGUGUCUGUCGAAUCUGCGCCCUUAUGAACACAUGAUGAAACGUGUAAGCAACGACCAGAUCCAGUGUGCAGUUCUUCAACAUCUGAAAAGAAGGCAAUAUAUUGAUAUCAACAGCGAGAGUGUGAAUCGCAAGAACCUCAAACUGACAGAUUCAUUGCGAGAGAUGGCUUCUCAGUCAUCAAGGAGGAAAGAGAUGGGAGCAAUCAACUCUGUCUCGUGCAAUUCAUGUGAUCAAGAAGGUGAUGUCUUUGAGCAGCAGUUUGCCAGAUUUAGGCUCUUCAUCGAGAGUUCCGUAGACGAGUAUAAGUUUGACCUCUUGCGCUUGCUGUACCCAACAUUUGCUCAUAUUUAUUUGCAAAUGAUCUCUGAUGGACAUAGAGUAAAUGCCCACAACCUGUAUACAAAACACAAAGGAUGUUUACAAUAUCAAGAUAGCCAAGAUACUAAGGAGUUGAUGGAGAGAUUAAGCAGUGUUCAGUAUAGUAUAGAUCCAUUGACUGAUCCUUUCCUUGCUGCAUUUAGAGAUAAUAAAUGUGUGGUUGAGAUUGGAGAUGACGCCGUCCAGUACCUGCUACGCUUCCUCCAGAGUCGAGAUAAUUCUGUUCUACUCAGUAUCAUCAACUUGCACGUUGAUAUCAAAGUGCGAUAUUCGGUACCCACAACCUUGCAAGAAGGGGGUGAGGAGUUUUCACAGGCAUCCUCUUCAUCAUCAUCAUCACUGUCCUCCGCCUCAAAACAAACCUCGGAGGAACCUAAGAAGGAAGAUAAUAAGAGAGAAGUGGAGAGAGAGGCUUUUCUUUCUGAGUUGCGAGCGACCAUUGAUAAAGUCCAGAGAGGACCGCCAUCUGUUCCUUCCAUCAUCUUGUACAGUGUUCUCAAUGCAUAUCAAGGGUUGAGUUGUGUGAGUUUCUCGGAUGAUUCUCAGAUGUUAGCUGGUGGCUUUGAGGAUUCUGCAGUCAGAUUGUGGAGUCUUACUCCGAAGAAACUCAAAACGCAAUCCCACGAUGCUGACGUCAGUCGCGUACGUUUCGCCGGUGAUAGUCUCCAUAGCAACAUCAUAGAAGAUAGUCUUGGAUCAGAAUGUAAGUUACUACGAGGUCACAGUGAUACUGUUUACAGUAGCUGUUUCAUACCAGAGACACCUCUUCUCUUAUCGGCAUCAGGAGAUGCUACAGUGAGAGCAUGGAGUAUGAGCACCUUUUCCAACGUAGCCAGGUAUAGAGGACACAAGUACCCUAUCUGGGACCUUGAUGUUAGCCCGCUUGGGGUCUAUUUCUGUACUGCCUCCAAGGACCAGACGGCCAGACUCUGGACCCCAGAGAGGACCUAUCCUGUUAGGGUACUCUCUGGUCAUCUCAUGGAUGUAGAUUGUGUCAAGUUCCAUCCUAACUGCAAGUACGUUGCGACAGGUUCUAAUGACAAGACAAUUCGACUGUGGGAUAUUACUCAAGGAAAAUCUGUUCGUUUAUUGACAGGACACAAGAGUUCUGUUUUGUGCAUAGCUUUUGCUCCGAAUGGGAAGUACCUUGCAUCAGCAGGUGAAGAUCGUAGGGUUCGCGUUUGGGACCUGGCGACCGGAGGUUUGAUGAAAGAACUCAGGGGGCACACAGACACUGUUUAUUCGUUGGCGUUCAACCCUGAUAGCUCAAUGCUUGCCUCGGGUGGUGCAGAUUGUACUAUAAGAUUGUGGGACAUACGACAGGGUGUUAAGCAUACAGUACCUGAGAGUGGAGGACAUUCUGGAGAACAAAUGACAUCGAUCUCUUCAAGACAGACUCACAUUCACAAGCUAUCCUUUUCUAAAUGCAACCUCUUACUCGCAGGCGGAGGUAUCGCCAUGGCAACAUGAAGAAUAGUACUGGUCGUUUUACAGAAACAACUCCCAUUAAUCAACUAUCAGAGUUUUAGCUAAGAUUGAUGUCUGGUGAGGCGGUACGAUUCCGUCAUCCAUGGAUUAGUCUUCUGACUUUGAAACAGAGGGCCGUGGGUUCGAAUCCCAGCCAUGGCCAUUUAUCCACAUUGUGCUGCACUCAACCCAGGUGAGGUGAAUGGGUACCCGGUAGGAAGAAAUUCCUUAAAUGCUGGAGCGCCUAGGUAGCCUAGCUAUAGCUGGGGUAAUAAUAUCCAAGUCCUUUGGAAGCGCAUAGAGACGUUAUUCAUAAUGAAUUGUGUGCUAUACAAGAACUGACUAUUAUUAUUUUCUAAUUUUGGGCCUGUGUCAGAACGAUCUUUAAAGCCAUUUCACAAAAUUAUCCCUAUGAUGGAGAGCAUAAAGUUUUAAAGUUAUGUGGCCCAGUUGUCAAAUGUUCUCUUAACACUUGUAUAUUGUUACUUGAAAUAUGACUGCACAUCAGUAUUCAAUGAGAAAUUCAUGAAAGAAUUUAGUAUUUUUCUUCAUUUCUUCAGCCUUGGUUGGUAAUAUGAGAUUAUUAGACCGGGGCCCCGUCUUACAAAGAGUUACGAUUGAUCCAAUCAAUCGUAACUCUAUGGAAAUCCAUCAGUGUCAUAAUUUUUAAAACAGGAAAUUUGCAAAAUGUCCUUUGUAAACAAAGGAGAACACAUCAAAUUGUCAAGUCAAUGAAUUUAAGAAUAUACAUCAUAUCUAGCAAAAAAUUUUUGAACAAACAUGCAUUUCAUAUAUUGACUUUGCUGGCUUUCCAUACUUGCGAUUGAUCGGAUCAAUCACAACUCUUUGUAAGACGGGCCCGGGGGUGUUUUACAAAGAGUUAAGUAUGACUUAGAGUCAUACUUAAAUGCCAAAACACACAUGUUAUGUAACAUGUAACCUUUAUUGGUAGAUAUAAUACUACUAAUAAUGAUAAUAAUACUUAAUAUUCAUAAGGCGCUUACUACUGGUGUUUCUAAGCGCACUGUGUUCUGUGGGAUUACCGGUAAAAGAAAAGAAAGAAAAAAAAUUUUGCAGGGGAAAAUGACAUAGCUAAUGUAAAUAUACUAAUAAUGAAAAAUCAAAACUGGUGUGCACCUCCAAUUGAUCGACCCACAACUGUGAAUCAUCUAUUAAACAGGUAGGGUUUGAGUAGGGUUUUGAACUGAUUCACAGACUUGGCGUUAUGAAUGUUAAGAUGGUAGCUUAUUCCAAAGGGAAGGGGCAAUGGAAGAAAAAGAUAUGUGGUAGUACAUACCCCAUGCGCAUGAUCUGACCAAUGCGGUGAUGCGUGAUAUACCGCACACGACUGAAAUAUAAGUGCGACUCUGUUAACUUCACACUUAAUUCUUUGUGAAACACCCCCAAUCGGUAUUCAGUUGAAACUCAUACCAUAAAUUUCAAUCAAAUCUCUGAAAUUAAUUGUUUUCGUGGCUGUGUUACGCAUUCACUGUGUGCACAAUUUUAUUAAAGGAAAAUGAAACCUUUGGAACAAGAUAGCCUGUGUGAAAACAGAUACAUCAAAGAAACAUAUCAACGGAAGUAAAAAAUUUGACAAAUAAUGAGAAAGUUUUGAGCAUUUUAAUAUUGUGAUCACUAAUGCUAUGGCAAUGCGACAAAGAUGGGCGAUGUCACUUGUGAACAACUCCCAUUACUUUUGUUAUUUCACUUAAUCUGCCUCUUUUAUCACAUCUAUCAGUAGAUCAUGUUUUCUUUAUAUAGAAGGGCAUGUAUUACAGAUUUUCAAAGAAAAAACAUUAUGGUUCAAGAGUUUGUAUCACCAUAUGAAAGAGCGAAAAGAGACAUUUUGGGGGUAUUUUAUAGUCCAUCAAAGGGAAAGUUGUUCACUUGUGACAUCACACAUAUUUGUCGUAUCGCCAUUGGGAGGAUCUCCAUACCACUAGUGAUCACAAUAUUCAAAUGCUUAUAACUUUCUCAUUAUUUGUCCGAUUUUUCUCAAACUUUCUUUGUUUUUAUUCUUUGAUUUUCUGUUUCCACACAAGCCCACUUGUUCCAAAGGUUUCAUGCCCCUUUAACACACAUAAUUUGCGAUACAAGAGACUGUGCAAUAUUUUCAAUACAUGAUAUCAAAAUUAAGUAACUUGCUGAAGGCUGAAAAUAAUACUAAGUCAAGCAAAAUACAGACUCAAUGAGUUGAAUCUUCGUAUUCCUUGUAAUCAUGGUGGUGCAUGGGAAAUUUGCAUGUUUCAAUUUUAGUACGAAAUUAUGAUAGAGGUGACUUGUUAGUCAAUGAUACAAUGAUUUCUCCCUCUCUCUCUAAACACACCUCCCACUAGCUGGAUUUGGUGCAUGAGUUUAUUUUAGGAGGUUAUGUAGACCCUGAAAUUUAAACAUUAAGUUUUAUAUGUGCUAGUCUUGUGUGAAGACCCACUUGUUGAUCAAAGUUUCAAUCAGGGUCUGUGCCUGCAAACUAUACUCACAGGCCCAUAUUCUUAAGUCAGGUUUAAUUUAGACCAUGGUCUAACUCUGUGCUAAAGUUAUGGGAAGCCAAAAGUGUCAAAAUUUUUAUUAAGUUGCAUGUUUCUUAUGUUUACUGUGCUCUUUCCUGAUUCAUCGAUGGUGAAGACAAUCAUCUAUUUAUACUUCCUAGACAAUUAUGUAUGAUUUGAGAGCCAGAUGAGCUGAAAUAUGAUAUCUCUAUUGUUUGUGAUUUGUGUAACAAUUGGCUAUCCAUACUUAAACCACAACUUUAAACCUGAGUUUAAGUUAAACCUGACUUCAGUAUACGGGCCACAGUGUAUUGGCAUUUGGGGAUUUGCCACCCUAAUAAGUCACUUUUUGUGAAAAAACAUGUACAUGGGGUAUGGUUUUGAGCUGGAAAGUUUGUAAGCAUGCAUACCCCUCCCCCCUCUCCCCUUUUGAUCUUGAGUGAUGACCUUUUUUAUGCCUAAUGUUACACAUGAUUUUAUGAAUAACUGGGUCUCUUAUCAGGAAAAAAACUAUGGGUAUUCUUUUCCACCCAAAUUACCCUUAGAAAUAUAGGUUUGGCUUCAAGGUUUCAGUUGUACACACCACCAUCCUACCCCCCCCCCCCCCUUGUGACCACGGGAAAGACCUUAACCAGAUUUGUAACAUUCACUUGCAGCUGACUAUACAGGUGCACACAAAAUCUAGUUUGCUGCAUAUUCAAACAGUGGCAGUUGAAUAGUACUUAAAUAAAGGGGGAAAAGGGUUGGUGUAUGAAUUCAUUCAGAUUUAGAAGUGAUUUUCAAUCCAUCACUCUUAGGGUGUGUUUAUGCUUCCAUUGCGAGGACAGAAUCAGCAUUUUCAAACGUCGAUCCAAAACGCCGAUCGUAAACGUGGUUCUGGGAGUGCUGUUUAUGCUAACUUUUCAGAGGCGAAAUCACGAUCUCCAGCUGGCUUCGCAUCGUAAUUUUCGUUGAGCAGGAAAGCGAGGUCAAAUUGGGCGCGCCCUUUUUC